AGCCCUGUGUUCUGAUCUCCCGCGUCGCCGAGUGACUGGCAUAAUAUGAAGAAGCGGCUUUGCCGACAAAUUUGCGCUUGGCUCGGGAAAAACGUGUAAAACAUUUAAUUUACCAACUAGACUACGCGAAAAGCGACAUAAUCACAAUUAGCAAUGGCUUUGGUUUGCGCACUGACAAACGAAGUCCCCGAGACGCCCGUGGUUUCCCCGUACUCGGGAGCCGUUUUCGAAAAGCGGGUGAUUGAGAAGUAUUUGUUGGAGAAUGGCUGCGACCCCAUUAGCGGCAAGGAGCUGAAGCCGGAGGAGCUGAUCGAGAUCAAGACGCCGGCUGUGGUGAAACCGAAACCGCCAAGUGCCACCAGCAUUCCGGCCACUUUGAAGACGAUGCAGGACGAGUGGGACGCCCUCAUGAUUCACUCGUUCACACAACGCCAGCAGUUGCAGACUACGCGCCAGGAGUUGUCCCAUGCGCUCUAUCAGCACGAUGCCGCCUGUCGUGUGAUUGCCCGCCUCAAUAAGGAGGUGGCCGCCGCUCGCGAGGCUCUGGCCACGUUGAAACCGCAGGCGGGCAUUGCCAACGCACCCACGGCAAUACCACAACCUGCCCUGGCCUCUGAGGCUGGCGGAGCUGCUGCCCAUCCCAUGGAGCAAGCGGGCAUGAGCGCCGAGGUCAUACAGAAAUUGCAGGACAAGGCUACGGUGUUGACGCAGGAGCGCAAGAAGCGCGGACGCACUGUGCCCGAGGAUCUGGUUACAACGGAUCAGGUUAAGAACUUUCUUACCGUGGCCUCCCAUCCCGGCCUACACUCGGCCUCCGUUCCCGGCAUUCUGGCCUUGGACAUCAACAGUGCUGAUCACAGUAAGAUUCUGACCGGAGGCAACGAUAAGAACGCCACCGUGUUCAACAAGGACACCGAGCAGAUGGUGGCCAUCCUGAAGGGACACACCAAGAAGAUCACCAAAGUCAUAUAUCAUCCCAACGAGGAUACAGUCAUAACCGGCUCGCCCGACAUGAACAUACGCAUCUGGCACGUGCCCACUUCGCAGACGCAGCUGCUCCUGCGCUGCCACGAAGGUCCUGUUACUGGACUCUCACUGCACCCCACUGGCGACUACUUGCUGUCCACAUCAUCCGACAAACACUGGGCAUUCUCCGAUAUCCGCACAGGACGCCUGCUCACCAAGGUAAUCGAUACUGCCGAAGUCGGGCUGACGACAGCGCAAUUCCAUCCCGAUGGUCUGAUCUUCGGUACGGGCACCGUGGACUCGCAGGUUAAGAUCUGGGAUUUGAAGGAACAGAGCAAUGUGGCCAACUUCCCUGGUCACACCGGUCCCAUUUCGGCCAUUUCCUUCUCAGAGAACGGUUACUACCUGGCCACCGCUGCAGACGAUGCCUGCGUUAAGCUGUGGGAUCUGCGAAAGCUGAAGAACUUUAAGACAAUCCAGCUUGAUGACGGUUACGAGGUCAAGGAUCUGUGCUUCGACCAAAGCGGAACCUAUCUGGCGAUCGCCGGCAGCGAUGUCAGGGUUUACCUAUGCAAGCAGUGGCAGGAACUGAAGGUAUUCAACGACCACACGGCCCUGGCAACAGGCGUGAGAUUCGGCAAGCACGCCCAGUAUCUGGCAUCCACCAGCAUGGACCGCACCCUGAAGCUCUACGCCAUCGAAUAAGCACUUGCAGAGUCCAUACUUAGUAAUUAAGUCCACAGUUUUCUUCUAUAAUAUACCCUAAUGAUUGUGUGUUUUCUUGCACAAAUCUUGCAGAAUAAUAAACCUGACCCUGUAUCCAAAUAA